ACGAUCUACUUAACUAGGCGCGAAGCGAUCAAUAAAGAAAGGAACAAAGAAAAAAAGGGCAAAGAUUCCCUCUCUCUCCCCGUGAAUAAAUUCUCAUUUUCUCACUCAUCAAACACACAAACACACCCCAACAAAACACAAACACCACACACUUUCUCUAAUGUAACAAGAGUUCGCGCUGGAGACGUAGAAAGAACGUUUGCGUUUCCGAUUUUGGGUUUCGUCGCUGAAAGCGAUCGAAACGGAGCCCUAGGUUUCCUCAUCCAUGGAGUCCCCACCUCUCCCCAGUUACAUCCAUCAGAAAUCCAAGAAAAGGGUUUUUCCUGGGAGUAGUUCGUCGUAUAUGGACCCUGAGGUUGUCGAAAUCUCUCCCCCGAGAGUUUGGAGUUCGAAAUCCAAUUCGCUUAAACAGAAGGAGGUUUUUCACCAUGAAGUAAUUGAUAUUGACAUGGAUGAAGAUUCUGGAGAUGUUAUGCUUGUUGAUGAGAAAGUUGAUACACAUAACAAAGGGAAGGAAGCUUUGGCCGAUAUUUCAUAUAGUCAUAGUAAUUCAGCAAAGCCUGCAUCAGUGGGUGGAGUCCAGUCUUCUAAGAAGAACUCUGUCCCAGGGCCGCCUAAUUCUUUUAAUUUAGAAGGUUUCAGUCAUGAUUUUUCUUACGGUGAUGAUGAGUAUAUGGAUAUGUAUCAUGAUGAUUUAACAUAUGAUGACAAAUAUACAUUUCUGCAAGCCCAUUUUGAUUGCAUGGAUAUUCCUCCUGGAGUUGAGGCUCCCAUUCCUUGGUUCUCUGAUCAUGACCAGGAUAAAAAGAAUCCAACUAUUGCAGGCAGUUCUAACCAUUCAACUGUUUCGAUCCAAUUGGAUUCCCCCGGGGCACACCCAUCAUAUUCUUUGGUGUUACCAGAACUUUCCCAGACUGGAAAAAAGUUGUCUUCCAUGAGCAGUUCCAGUUUGGAAACCCAAAUGGACACUCUGAGUCACCCUUAUGGGGUGGUGCUGUCUCCUCCUUGGUCAUUACCAGAAUCUGCUCAAAAUAAGAAGAAAGCAGCUGAGUCAACUAGUUCAACUCAUUUGAGUUCACAAACAGAAAAGGGUGCAAUGAAUCUUCCAUCUGGAUUUAAAUCUUGGUGCAUGCCAGGAUUUUCGCACAAUAAAAAGAAGCCUCCUGUUUCUGGUAGUACAACUAAUUAUACCUCACUUAAGCAACCGGGCAUUAUGAAGCUCUCUUCUGGAAUGGACCCAUCUAGUAGGGGAUCUCAUAUUCGCAACAGACGUAAGAAGCCCGUUGGUAAUGGUAAUCCAAACUUUUCAGCAUUUCCAGCAACGGGCACAAUGAGUCUUCCUCCUGGAGUAGAUGCAUAUAUGUCUGGAUGGCAGGGUUCUCCUGCGUUUAUGAACCAACCACCUUUUAUUAGUGAUGGUAUCCAUAACUCAUCUGAUGCUGUGCAUCUCUAUUCUGGAAAAAUGUUAUAUUUAGGCCCCCUGGGAUCCCAGGAUCCUGGCUGAAGAUCAAAAGAAGUGUAGACUGCUGCAGGAAGUUCAACUGUCCCACUUGGGUCAACAUCUAACCUCGAAAAAUAUGGGAAUGAAGAUGAUAUUCUGAAGAAAUUCGAACUUUUUAAACAAUUUGAUACCGUUCCUGAUCAUUCGGACCAUCAGUAUUCUAGCAAAGGUUCUUCAGUGAAGCAGCCAUCAAAGAAUUGGGCAAAGAAAAUACAGGAUGAGUGGAGGAUCCUUGAGAAAGAUUUGCCAGAUACAAUAUUUGUCAGGGUUUACGAAUCAAGGAUGGACCUUUUGAGGGCUGUAAUUGUAGGAGCGGAGGGGACUCCCUACCAUGAUGGUCUCUUCUUCUUUGAUGUUUUCUUCCCUAGUGGUUAUCCGAAUGUCCCACCGCUUGUCUACUAUCAUUCUGGUGGUCUUCGAAUCAAUCCAAAUUUGUAUAAUUGUGGAAAAGUAUGCCUCAGCCUUCUUAACACCUGGAGUGGUAGUCAAAAUGAAAAGUGGAUCCCGGGUGUAUCGACCAUGCUACAAGUUCUGGUGUCCAUACAGGGGAUAAUCUUGAAUGCAAAGCCCUACUUCAAUGAGCCUGGAUUUGCUAGAAUGAGUGGAUCUGCAAACGGAGAAAAGAACUCUCAGCAGUACAAUGAAAAUACAUUUAUACUAUCGCUGAAAACAAUGGUGUACACCAUGAGGAGGCCACCAAAGCAUUUUGAGGACUUCGUCAUUGGACAUUUCUUCAAACGUGCUCAAGAUAUUCUAGUGGCAUGCAAGGCGUACAUGGAUGGUGCUCAAGUGGGGUGUCUCGUGAAAGGCGGGGUUCAGGAUCUUGAUGCAGGUGACAAGAGCUGCUCGCAGUAUUUCAAGGAUACAUUGGCUAGCCAUAUGUCUUUGCUUGUGCAAACAUUUUCACAAAUCGGGGCAAAAGACUGCGAGAAAUUCCUUCCCAUGGCAGAGAAUGGAAACAGUCAGGUCCCCUCUGUGCCGCCCAUGGCUGCAAAUUAUUAUUGCUGAUAAGAAGGCAAUUUUGAGACAUCGGUUAUGCAUAAUUCUGCAUGCAAGACAUACAUUAUGCAAAUUUAGAUUUGAGUUUUUCAUUUGAUAGUUGAGACUUAAAAUUAUGGAUUUUGUCAUGUUAUAACCCUAGAAUGCUUUAGUAUAUGUUACGAUAAUGUAUAUAGGUGUUGAUAUUUAUGGUGGGGUUUACAUUCUAGUUUUAUUAUUGGUCAAUGGUUGGCAAGAUGGAAUGGCUCUUAUCCUAUU